AUGCUGAGCUUCGAUCUCAGCUACUUCCAGCACGUCCUUACCACCAGCCUCUCAGUUCAUCACCGUCAUCAUGAUAGUCUCGGCAUCGAUAUCUCAUCAAGCCGCCCGCAUUUGGUUCGCGAAGCUACGCGAGACCUCAGACCUGAAGAUCGCGCUUAUGCUGCUUGGGGUAUGACGGCGCAUCCUCAGGAGAAGGAUAUUCCAUCACAUCUCAUAUUCGACGCGCAUCACGCACCUCGUCACGGGCCUGGUCACGUUGGUGUAACGAAAUGUACCCCGGGGAAUUCAGAACCAAAGCCGUAUAGACAUAGGGGUGGUACAGGCGACAGCGGUCGCACGGAGUACUUGCCGGUCAGAGUCGGGAGUUGA